AUGUCAUCUCCCUUUGAGUCUCGGGAACUGUCAGAAGACUACCUGCACCGUGUCUACGCCGGAGUUCUGGGCAAAUUAAUCGGCGUAUACAUCGGGCGGCCUUAUGAGGGCUGGACUCAUCAGCGCGUCCUCGAAGAAUUGGGUCAUGUUCGCUACUACAUCAAUGACCAUUUCAAUGAGCCUCUUGUCAUCACUGAUGACGAUGUCUCAGGCACCUUUCAAUUUGUACGCGCUCUCGAGGAGCAUGGCGUUUCCGAGAAUAUCACCUCGAAGCAGAUCGGCCAGACUUGGCUCAACAACGUGAUCGAGCACCGGACAAUCUUCUGGUGGUCCGGACGUGGCAUAUCCACGGAGCAUACUGCCUUUCUCAACCUCAAGAAUGGAAUCCCUGCGCCUCUCAGCGGCUCCAUCGACGUUAAUGGGAAAACAGUGGCUGAACAGAUUGGCGCCCAGAUCUUCAUCGAUGGUUGGGCCCUUGUCAGCCCAGGCAAUCCAAAGCUCGCAGCAAAGUUUGCCAAGGCUGCAGGUUCUGUCAGCCACGACGGGGAAUCAGUCUACGCAGCACAGCUGUGGGCUGCAAUGGAGGCUGAGGCCUUCUAUACCAAGGAUGUCGACCGUCUUCUUGAUAUAGGGCUCUCCUUGAUCCCGCAGGAUUCACUCAUUGCACAUGUGAUCGGCCAUGUGCGCCAAUGGGUCAAGGAGGAUAACAACUGGCUCAAGACACGUCAGCGCAUCGAAGACAAGUAUGGCUAUGAAAAGUUCCACGGCAUAUGCCACGUCGUACCUAACCAUGCGGUAAUGAUCAUGACGAUACUAUAUGCCGCUCAUGACUUUGACGAAGCCAUGCAUAUUAUCAAUACCUGUGGCUGGGAUACCGACUGCAAUUCAGGCAACGUGGGGUGUUUGGUAGCCAUUAUCAAUGGAAUGUCCUCCUUUGAUGGACGAGACUGGAGAGGGCCUAUCGCCGACCGUGCGCUGAUUUCCUCUGCGGAUGGCGGCUAUUCCAUCAACAAUGCAGCCCGAAUAGCAUUGGGCAUUGCUAAUUUGGGUCGUCAGCUCAAAGGCCUCGAGCCAAUAGAGGCUCCAAAGCGUGGUGCACAGUAUCAUUUUACUCUCCCUGGAAGUGUUCAGGGGUUUCAAGUGCACCGGGUUGAUGACGACCAGGGGACAGCUUCAGUUUCUCAGGGUCUCGAUGAACACGGAGAGCCUGCAUUGGCUAUCAAACUGGAUCAGCUUGGUUCGGAUGUGCCAAUCGAAGUAUCCACCGAAACCUUUACACCACAGGAGAUCAAAAUAAUGCGUACAUAUGACCUCAUGGCUUCACCCCUGAUUUACCCCGGCCAAACGAUCCAUUUCAAGAUAUCUUCCUCGUCGAAUAGUUCUGGAGACGCGCUUGUCGCAGUAAGGCUUCAGGUGUACACCAAUAGCGAGAAACUCAGAGCUGUGGACGCCUCUGAACUCCUGCUAAGCCCAGGCAAAACUGCAUCUUUGGAACUACUUAUCCCAGACGACAUGGAAAGCCAGCCGAUACAUCGAGUUGGCCUUGCUAUUCGAAGUAACCCUGCGACCAAGUUUAAUGGCACAAUCUGGUUGGAGAGAUUAUACUGGCAAGGUGCACCGACAAUGACGAUCAGAAGACCAGAGAGUCGGCCCUGUGACUUUUGGUAUCGCUCUUGGGUAAACGGAGCCGACUCGUUGAAUAGAAAGUUGGAUCGUUCCCUCUACAUCUCGCAAGCGAAGGGCGAGGGUAUCAUCCUGUAUGGGACCCGAGACUGGGACAACUAUCGUGUUGUUAUACCAAAAUUUACAGUCAUCCUCGGCGCUCCCUCUGGAGUGGCAAUUCGUGCGCAGGGACUCAAUCGGUAUUACUCUCUGGUAUUUGUGAAGGGCGGCCGUCUAGCCAUAGUCAAAGCCCUUGAUAGUGAGAGGAUAACACUCGUCUCUGCCGAUUUGCAAUGGAGCCUCGACGACGAUUAUCACAUUACUAUUGAAGCUCAGGGGGAUACUAUUACUGCCAGUGUUGGGGAUAUUUCCUUGACUGCAACGGAUUCGCAAUACAAGGAUGGAGCACUAGGAUUGAUCGCAACAGAUGGUUCAAUAUCUACAGACGAGAUUCGUGUUGAGGCUCUUUAA